GUGAUGGUUCGUCGCGCUUUGCCGUCGGUGUGGUAGGUCCGAGGCUCGUCCAGGGCUGCGUCAGCCGAAAGUCGGUGCUUCUCGGUGCCGCCUCAGCAAGCUCGCAGGUAUAACCGUCCUCGUCGAAUCGCCCCUUUCCGGGUUCGCUCGCAUGCCCCGAAGGGCUGAGCUUCCGGAUUCGAAGGAUAACCCCGGGACCAUCGUCGCAUUGUCGCAGCGAGGCUCGAGCAUUUGUCGAAGACCAUGGCCAGCUUCCGCCGAUGAUUAGCCACGCCGGAAAACCGCUGCACUUUUUCACGAAAAACUCACCGCAACGGCUUCGGAAGCUGCUCCUAUCCCAGCAGCAUCAGAAGGGUGGAGAGGAGCCAUGAAAAGGGGUGACAGUGAGCCGGAAGGAAGUUCUACGAGAGCUGGCAGGAAGCGAACAGUUACGAAAACAACGGAUUGAUGGCCUCCCUGUAUCUCUACACCGUAGCUAUUCGUUGCUUGGAUUCUAAUCGCCAUGGGGAAUGGCAUGAACAAGGUCUUACCCGGCUUAUACGUGGGCAAUUACCGGGACAGUAAGGAUGCGGCUCAGUUGGAGCGCUACGAGAUCACCCAUAUUCUUGCCAUCCAUGACGCGGCAAGGCGUUUACACUCCGACAAGCACUAUCUGUGUAUUCUGGCAGCCGAUACCCCCGAUCAGAACUUGACCCAGUACUUUCCACUCUGCAAUGACUUCAUCCAUGCUGCUCGACUUCGUGGUGGCAACGUCCUGAUACACUGCUUAGCGGGGAUGUCUCGCAGCGUAACGGUAGCCGUAGCUUACAUCAUGAGUACCACGGAUCUCUCUUGGAAAGAGGCACUCAAAGUAGUUCGCGUUGGUCGUGCGGUGGCGAAUCCUAACGUUGGUUUUCAGCAGCAGUUACAAGACUUUGAAGCCACUCGUCUCCAAGAGGAACGAAGAAGAUUGAAGGAACGAUAUCCUAGUUUAGCUCUAGCCGCAUCAGACGCAGAAAUCUGCAGGGCUGCUCUCUGCAACUAUGAGAGUCUGGCACUUGCGAAAGAAGUAUGCGAGGGUAAGUGUGCCAUGGGGCGCACUUGUCCAACUGGCCUUUGCCGGCAGCCAUCCAAAAGAAAUUUGAGGAGAAAAUCUUCCACCACAAGUACGACUAGCCUGACGACCGGAAGAACACCACCACACUCUCCAAGAAUGCUCCCGUCGGCGCCACCCUCACCGGCCUUUCCCAGAUCGGCCAGCGCCAUCCCGUCUGGUCAACGACCUCGUAGUGGACCAGCAGGUCUGCACUCUUAUACAGGAUCUGCACCCCCGUCUAGAGCCAUAUCUCGAGUGGAUUUAUCCAGCGCCGUUGCAUGCAGCAGCAGCAAUACCAAUCUGUCGACGGUUGGCAGAACUGGGCCGGCAAAUUCGGGAAACAAAUGGCGCUUGCGCGCUGGAUCAGCUCCUGUCACUCCCAGAGCUACUCCACCGUCUUCUCCUCAACAUUGGCCACGCUGCAAUCCCGGUAACCUUCAGGCCAAUCAGCCCCGACUUCCGGCCUCGCCGCAGCCUCAGAAGCGGGAUCUGGCCGACAACGAGUCUCAAAAUAAGAUAACGUAACGGUAGGAAUACGUUAUUCAUUUGUUCACCCAGCGGGUUGGGAUCGUUAGGUGACAAACUGAUGAGACGAACUUCAUUGGAUUAUGCAUAUAAUGAACGGAUGAUGUGAAGCUACAUAAAAGUAAUACGGCGCUGAGAUCAGCUGAUUAUUUUACAAUUGCGCUAAUUGCAUAGAUAUCAAAACGCUGAAAAUUCAUACCGCGUGUAUGACGCAAGCUGUUAGCCUUUCGGUUUUUUACGUUGAGUCAAUGUGGCGUGAAAAAUAUGACAACGCAGCUUGGAUAAUAUACCUAUGUAUACCAGGAUGGUCCUUGAAAGGGUAAUGUUUGAAUUUUGACCGGUGCGCCCCCCAAAUCAGUUCCGGAUAAUUCACAAAUAAUUCCCCAAUUUUUUCAGAUUCUUAUCUGAACUCUAACCCGUGCCCUAAAUAGGGUGGAUUCCAUUCAGCCCUUUCAGAGGCACAUCCAAUCCAACGAACGGAUUUAGAUGAAAUUUGCUACAGGGGGAUUGCUUGGGCCACUGAAAAUUUCAAAAUUCAAAAUGGCGGAUCCAAUAUGGCAAUAUCAAGAGACUUUUGGGAUUUUUAUCCACCAUAUUGGAUCCGCCACUUUGAAUUUUUAAAUUUUGAGUUCACAUUCGUAAUCAGUGACCCAAGGAACCCACCUAUGACAAAUUUCAUCUAAAUCUGUUCGGUAGAUUUUAUGUGGAAAGCCACCCUCUUUGGGGUACGGGUUAGAGUUGAGAUAAAAAUCGGAAAAAAUUGGGGAAUUAUUUUUGAAUUAUA